AUGGAUAGCCAAUUUGUGUUUGUGGAUAACUGUCAAGGGAAAGUGAAAAGUGUUUUUCAAUCUCCUGCCAUAUUGCCGGAUGAGGAUUCUUCCACGGGUUCGCACGCAUCAAGGAGACCAUUUAAACAAAGGGCUCGAUGUAAAUUAAAGACAAGCCCAACCCGCCCCAGUUUAGUUCGGGCAAACCUCAAUCUGCGGAGUGGAAGAGUUCAUCUCGGACAGACGGGGUCCACGCACAAUGAAGAUCCUGUGAAUUUACGACCGAACAAAGACCGGACCGAAUUGGUCGAUGAGGGUAAUCCGAGUGGAACUUGGUUGGGUCAGUCCGAUGUGGAGAAUCAUGCACAAGGGAAUCGCAGCUCAGAACGGCUGGCUAAACGUCGCACAUCGUUGCACGGAAAAACCAUUACCGUUCGAAUUAGUCGAAACGAAACAAAAUAUCGCAAGUUUCAGGCUCAAACCUACAACUUUUUGGAACGUCCAAAAUCUUGGCCCUCAAUUGCUUAUCAUGUUUUGGUGUAA